AUGGAAGAAGGAUUAUCAGAGUUCUGUAUCAGGGGAGGUGGAGGAGGAGGGGGAGUAAAGUGUGGGAGGUGGAACCCCACGGCUGAGCAGGUGAAGGUGCUGACUGACCUCUUCAAGGCCGGCCUGCGGACUCCCAGCGCCGAGCAGAUACAGAGGAUUUCAUCUCAGCUCAGCUCCUAUGGCAAGAUCGAAAGUAAGAACGUCUUCUACUGGUUUCAGAACCACAAGGCCAGGGAGAGGCAGAAGCGCCGGAAGAUCUCGGACAAGGACGACAAGAAGAAGAUCGCCGCCGCCGCUGCUGCUGCUGCAUUCUUCAGAGAGGCAGAUAUGUCGUCGACCAUCGACCUUCUGGAGCAGGACUCGGCCGUCAGGACACUGCAACUCUUCCCCUUGAAGUCGUACGAGAAGUCAGACGGGCUGGACCGAUCCCCUCGGCUGCUCACCAACGGGUCGACCAAGGAAACCCCGCCAUAUUCUCUCUUCUUUGAAGCCUCCAUCUUUUCUGCCGCCACCACCACUAACACCGCCACCGCCGCUGCUGCCACAAGAGACCCACUUGAUCUACGCCUGAGUUCUUUGUAA